AUGUCUAUUCCCGGCUUGGGACAGAUCCCUGUCCAGGCCCCGGCGUCAUCGAAGCGCAUUGUCAAGCUCACGCCACUGUCGGAAUGGCGUUUUGCCGUGUCCCAGCCAGCAGUGCGGAUCCGGCUCCUCUCCGGCACGGCCGAACGCGACGGAACGGAGUUGGCCUCGAACCAGCCGUACAGCUUUGCCCGCACGCAGUCCAAACUGUUGACCUGGCACGGCUGUGAGCUGGAGGUUGACGGCACGUGUGACCGCGAGUCGGUGGCGACGGUCGGCAGCAGCGGCCAGUCUGCCACGACUCCGCCGCCAGUCGUCUCGUACCUGAACCUGCACAUGCUUCUGGCAGCCGAGCGUGCAGCUGUGCCGCCGCCGGGAUCGUCUGCUCGGCCAACGGGCGGGCCAGCGGGGCCCCGAGUACUCGUCUGCGGCGGCCCACAGACUGGCCGGACGAGCCUCGUGCGCACGCUGGCGGCAUGGGCCACCAAGAUGGGAGGUGCCGGCAGCAGCUCGUCGGAACCACAGCACCAGCAGCAGCAGCCUUGUGUGGUGAACGCGGACCCGCGCGACGGCCUGCUAAGCCUGCCAGGAACGCUCAGCGCGGCCGUGUUUGGCACGCUGAUGGACCUCGAGACCGAGGGCGGCGGCGGCUGGGGCGGCGCGCCGAGCAGUGGACCCAGCGCCGUGCCGGUCAAGCUGCCACUCGUGUUUGGUUUUGGCUAUGCGCGGCCGGCCGACGCGCCAACGCUCUACCGGGAUCUGGUUACGCGUCUCGCCGGCGCCGUGACAGCCCGCAUGUCCGACGACCCGGCCGUGCACGCCGGUGGCCUCUUGAUCGACACGCCGGCCGCUGAAGCCGAAGCCGGCAACGUCAACGCCGACAUCGACCUGCUCGCACAUAUCGUCGACGAGUUCUCGGUCAACCGCGUCGUCGUCCUUGGCGCCGACGCCCAGCUCUACUUUGGCCUCGCUCAACGUCUCGCCCGCGAGACCACCACGUUUGGCGAGCCCGUUCAGGUCAUCCAGCUCGACGCAUCUGACGGCGUGGUCGCGCGCACAAACAGCCUGCAGCAGCAGCAGCACGAGGCCUGCAUCCGCGAGUACUUUUUUGGCGACGCCAAGCGCACGCUGGAUCCGUACACGCAGCUGGUCGACUUUGACGCGCUGACCGUCUACCGCCUCCCGGAUGCCGGAUCGGCCGACUCGCGGCUUGAAAAGGUCGAAGCCUCCAACGCCCUCAUGCACUGGACGCUGUCCGUCAUGAACGCGUCAAAUCACGACCCGCCCGACGUGGUCCAGCACGCGGCCGUACUGGGCUUUGUCUACGUUGCCGACGUGGAGGCGGACCGGCGAAAGAUGCGCAUAUUGGCCCCUGUGAGCGGCCGACUGGGCGAUCGACCUCUCGUGCUUGGCCGCUGGCCUGAGCCAUACAUCAACCUUGUGGGCUGA